CCUUUUGCUGAUGCGCGCGUUAGAACACCCGACUCAACAUUAUGGCGCUUUGGAGAAUCUUCGCCCAAUUCUGAUCCAUUCAAAAUGAGGAGCUUGGAUUAUUCAUUGCCCCCUAUCAGUCCCUUGGGGGUUUCGCCGCGCAAAUCGUCGGCGCCCACGUUGCCCAAACGCUCCCGUCGAGACUCAGUUAUUGCUCCAGUGGUGCACCCAUGCUUGGCCUACGCCCCAUCAGCUAAUAUGCCGUUACUAGUAUGGGAUGUCGGCGAUGUGCCGUCGUACACUACCGUCCUUAUGCCUUCACCGAAAGACGGCCGAGUACUCGUGCCGGUGCCCGACUCAAUCUUGAAUGAACCGGCAACAAAUCCGCCGCAAAGGGAGAUGCGCAUCCAUUGUGUCGGCCAUUCGUUAUGGGCUCCUCUGGUUGUGCGUGCCGACGAGCCGCCGAGUACGCCAGGAAACACUGUGAGGCAAACAGGCCGAACGGCAACUCCGGACGUUCACAGUCAGGCCCCUUCAUCAUCAUCGCACUAUGUGGCCGUGAAGCACGUCAUACUAGCAAUAUUCCGGUACCUCUACGUCCGCAUGACCUCCGACGAAUACGCCUCUCUAGAUUCAUUGCCGACAAAAGGCCUGAAAAAGGAAGUUUCACGCGCCUUCUACAAACGUUGCGAUGCUGAGGAACGGCGGUCCCUUACACAGCGAACAGGGCAAGAAAGGGCGGUCAAUAACCAGAUAUCUCCAUCAAGCGAGCGUUCCAGCGUCAAUUUAAGCGCCAGCACUGCACGGUCGGGUGGUUUGAGACGCUUGGACUGCUUACUCGGCCAGACCCGCUUUCGUGGGCUUGAUGCCGUUGGAGACGGACCUUCAGGAUGGUAUAUGUGUGUUGGAAGUUCAUCACGCUGACAUCUAUUUAUGUGGUGUGCUUCCUUGUAUUGUUAAGGCUAUGUACUAGUUUUGUAGAUUCUUUCACUGCUCCUCUCGUCGCUUGUACCCCUUUUCCACUGACUGAUCGAAACUUUUGUGACCCCAGAUGCUUUGUAACCUUCCAUUCUACUUAUCUAUUGAUUUAU